AUGUUCAUGAUGUCAGUCUUAGAAGCUGAGGCGAACGAUCAAGUUAUCACUGCAUUACUUGAUAAUAUCAUGGUAGGAUUGUUUAUGAGCACUAAGUUAGUUGCGUUAUAUCCUCCUAAACAGGCAAGUGUCCAUUCUCUUCCUAUAACUCCUUUGACUACGGGAUGGAAUAUCAACACUGGCAGUGGUGUCUUAGUAGCAUCCAGUGGUUAUGAAGCAUGCCCUGUGGUUAGCUGCGGGAGGGAACUCUUUGCAGACUUUCUGGUGAUUGAUUUGCCGAGCUUUGAUGUAGUAUUUAGGCUGGAUUGGUUGGGGUCAUUCUUUUCCACCAUUGAUUGUUACCGUCAGAGCGUAGUAUUGGAGAUACCAGAUCACCCGAGAUUUGAGUUCACUAGUGAUAGCACAUCGGUCGGACCUGUGGAGUUCAGAGCUAGACCGAAGAAGGCGACGUUAGCUGCAAUGCAAGUGGAAUCUGAGAAGCUAGUUAUAGUUCGGGAAUUUGAAGAUGUGUUUCCCGACGAUAUUUACGGAUUGCCACCAGAUCGAGCGAUUGAGUUUUCCAUAGAUUUGAAGCCUGGAAUUACGUCGAUCUCCAAGACCCCUUAUCGCAUGCCUCCGAUAGAGUUGGUUGAGCUUCAAACCUAG